CCUGCUUUUCAUCCACUUUCCACAAAGACACAUCUGUGCCCGCAAUACAUGUCAUAAACUGACUUCUCAUUGAUUUAUUGGAGGGAUCUAACCUUUAUUUAGUUUUUCUGCCAUGGCAAAAUGGUCACUUUUAUUUUUAUACUUUUUCCAAGGACUACUUCCCCUCACCUUUGGGCAGCAGCAGCAGCAGCAGCAGCAGCGCACAGCUGGCCCCUGGAGGCACCGGAUUCAGUGGGAGAGCAACGGACAGGUUUACAGUUUAAUGAGCACUGGAUCAGAAUACCAGACCCCUGUUCGGUCCAGAAGCCAGUCGAGGGUUUAUGUGAGCAGUAGGAGGGACGGCACCAGGAGCCAAAUGCCGGGGGCGCACAGAGGCGCAACGGUUGUAAGACCCGGGCAGGGUGAGUCCAGACAGUUCCGGACUGAACACGUUGUAGAGCCAGGAUCUUUUACACCUGGACACGAUGGUAGACGGUUUGUGCCUGUUAAUGCUCGUGCGUCAGGGAUCAGACAGCAGCCUGAGCGCACUUACGGAACAGGAGCUGCGGGUUAUCCGGGCGCACGACGUUUUAACCCUGAACACACCAACAGCAUCAACGCCUCUGCACCGAGGAGUUUCACAGAAUUCCCAGGCCGAAGAGGAGGUGUUAAUGUGGACGCUACUGCGCUGUACACCAGAGGAGGAGAACCGGAGCCCGGUGCGCAAUACCAACAGUUACGCGCGGUGCCACAGGCAUCGUCUGUCUCCAGGCAACCCGCGCAGACAGAUCACUCCAUCUCAGUACAUCCCGCAACUUUGGAAAGAGAAUCUGAAGCCCCUGUUCCGCUCCCUACACAUACAGAGGACAUUUCAAAUGAGGCAACCACAAAUGGAGAGGACAUGGUUAACGACGACCCUCGAAACCCGUUUAAAAACCACAGGAAUUCUGUUUUCUACAACAUGUAUCCCACAAGAGGGAGGUCAGGGGCCCGCACGCGCCGUCCACCUGGCACAGGAUAUGGAACAAGAUAUUUCCAAAAUGGGCUGCCAGACCUUGUGCCAGACCCAUAUGCCAUCCAAGCAGGUGCUUAUAUCCAACGCAUGCAGAUGUAUGCGCUCCGCUGUGCAGCUGAGGAGAACUGUCUGGCCAGGUCAGCUUAUGGACCCGCUGUGCGAGACAUCGACUUCAGGGUUCUGCUGCGGUUCCCUCAGAAAGUCAAGAACCAAGGCACCACUGACUUCCUCCCUGUCAAGCCGAGAUAUCAGUGGGACUGGCACAGCUGUCACCAGCACUACCACAGCAUGGACGCCUUCAGUAACUACGACUUGUUGGACGCCGCCACCGGACGUAAAGUAGCCGAGGGACACAAGGCCAGUUUCUGCCUUGAGGACACGAGCUGUGACCCUGGAUUCAGGAGGCGCUAUGCCUGUACAUCCCAUACACAGGGACUGAGUCCAGGAUGCCAUGACAUCUACGCUGCCAACAUUGACUGUCAGUGGAUCGACAUCACUGAUGUACCUCCAGGAAAUUAUAUCUUGAAGGUUACUGUCAAUCCCAAUUUCCACGUUUUGGAGUCGGACUUCACCAACAACAUAGUGAGAUGUGAUAUCACUUACACAGGAAUUUAUGUUCAGACACGCAACUGCCGGGUGACAAGAGAGAAAAAAAGAGGGAGAACAGUCUGAUGGCGGUGAUAAGGGGUUGAAAUCUUCUUUGCUGAAAAACAUCUCUCCCUGUACUGUACAUCGACACUCUGGCUAACAGAAAGUGCAGUUGGUAAAGUGUUGCAUACAGCUGUAACUCUGCGCUACGAUCCUGCCACAGAGUCCUGUGUUGCAUUUAUUUGUGUUAAAUGCAAAAGUUUACACCAAUUACAUAAAUGAAACUAGUGAGAUAGCCAGAUUUACUUGACUAUAUAUUUCAUAUGUGCCAUGAUUCAUUACAAAUUUUUUUUUCUUAACAAAUACAGGUACUGUGUUCAUAGGUUUUGGUUCUUGAAUUCUGGUUUAUUGCUUGAAAUGUGUUUUUUGUUGCCUUUUAUUGUCUUUGUCUUGUUUUUCUGCUUUGUGUUAUUGUUACAUGCACAUCGUUAGUUUAUUUAAAGGAUAGGAUAUUCUAUAUUUCUGUUACUGGCAACUAAUCUCACAAGAAGACCAAAAUCAACAUCACAUUCACUCAUCUUUCAAUACUU